AUGCCCUUUGCCCAGCUGGUGAUUGGCCCACCGGGUGCUGGCAAGUCCACGUACUGCAAUGGCAUGCAUCAGUUCUUAGGCGCAAUCGGCCGGAAAUGCUCUGUCGUUAACCUUGACCCCGCCAACGACAAGACCUCUUAUCCAUGCGCGCUGGACGUACGUGAUCUAGUUACUCUAGAGGAUAUUAUGGAAGAGGACAAGUUGGGUCCGAAUGGUGGUGUCUUAUAUGCUCUCGAAGAGCUCGAAAACAACUUCGAAUGGCUGGAGAGCGGGCUGAAGGAGCUUGGUGAUGAUUAUAUUCUUUUCGACUGUCCCGGUCAAGUCGAGCUAUUUACACACCACGCCUCAUUACGCAACAUCUUCUACAAGAUCCAGAAGAUGGGCAUCCGGUUGAUCGUCGUCCACCUCGUCGACUCCUAUACCCUCACCCUCCCCUCAAUGUACAUCUCCGCCCUCCUCCUCUCCCUCCGCGCUAUGCUCCAACUCGACCUCCCACACCUAAACGUCCUCACCAAAAUCGACAAUCUCGCCAACUACGCCCCACUCCCUUUCAACCUAGACUACUACACCGAAGUACAAGACCUCUCCUACCUACUCCCCGAACUGGAAAGCGAGUCCUCGCGAUUCUCGCACGAGAAAUUCGGCAAGCUGAACCAGACCAUCAUCGACCUGGUCGAGGAAUUCGGCCUCGUUGCCUUCGAGACGCUGGCCGUUGAGGACAAAAAGAGUAUGAUGAGUCUCCUACGCUCCAUCGACCGUGCGUCCGGGUAUGCCUUUGGUCCUGCCGAGGGCGCCAACGAUACUGUCUGGCAAGUAGCUGUUCGGGAGGGCAUGGGUGUCACAGACGUGCGGGAUGUGCAGGAGCGUUGGGUGGAUGCUAAGGAUGAAUAUGAUGAGCAGGAGGAGAAGGAUUUGGAGGAGGAAGUUCGCUUGCGCAAUGCGGCGAGUCAGGUCGAGAAGACGGGUGCGGCGGAUGGUGGAGACGACGGAAAUGACUACGAUAAGGAUGAUGGACAUGACUAUGACGAGGAACUGGAGAAGUGGAAGAAAGAUAUGCCAGACAGUGGCGUGCGGGUGCACCGCAAGUAA